AUGUUAUGGCUUAUCCAUGAUACGUAUUCUGCUGCACAGAAUUGGAUCAGCGAAGAGGAGGCAUACGACAGGGUUGUCGGAAGGUACAAAAACUUGAGCAAUACAGAUAGACAGGUACUUUGGAGCAUGUUCCCAGGAAUCAAGGAAGCAGGCCUGCCAUUGCCUUCUGGAAUUCCUGAUUCUGGAAUUCAGGGUCCAAGUUCAAGU